AUGAAUCCAUCCAAGUCCAUUUCGGAUCAGGAGUCUUUCGAUGGAAGUCUCUUGAACUCAAGCAGCAACUCUCGCCUCUUUCAUGUAUACCAUACUUUGUGGCGCUAUGAUUACACCGUGACUUCGGACGACAAGACACCUCUUUUCUUUGUGGAUACGUCGUCUUUCACCCCAAAGAAGCCAGACCUCACAUUCCAUGCUGGCACUGAUAAGAAGGCCCCUGUUGUGGGCGUCUCCAAAUUCCUACAUUUUUCAAGGCACAUGAAAGUAGGGCUUGGUGACCCGCAGAGUAUCGACCAAGUUGAGUGGGAGGACCUUAUCUCUCAAAACAUCAGGAGCAACAAAUACCGCUGGCAAAUGACAGUCCGGGGUGCCUAUGGAGCAGAACGACGGUCUUUUAUGUGGAAGAGAACACACUCUGUUGCGGUCGAGGGCUCCUCCGCAUCUAAAUGGAGUAGUCGCAACUUCAAGCUGGUCGAUGAGCAAACCGGUCAGAUUGUUGCAAUCUUUACCAGCACUGCUUUCAAAAGCGUCAAGAAAAGCGGCAAACUCCAAAUCGACUCGACGAACUAUGGCGAGGAGUUUGAUCUGAUGGUCCUUAUCACUGGGCUUUCUCUGUACGAGAAACAAAGACGGCGCGACAAUAGCAAUGGAGGUGGCGGGGGUGGUGGAGGAGGUUAA